AUGCGGGUCUCCAACCCCACGGAGGAAGGACGGAUCGAAGCUGGUGAGGGCACGGCCCACAGAGGUCACGUCACCUCCGCUGCUAGUCACAUGAUCUCGCUAAGGCUUUUCUCUCGCGAAAACCCUUCGCCUCCUUCACUCCCUAUCCUAGUUUAG